AUGGCAAUUAAGGUCCACGGAUAUCCUUACUCACCAGCAGUACAGAAAGUUCUCAUCUGCUUAGCUGAAAAAGGUCUCGACUACGAAUUAGUUCAUAUAGAUCUGUUGGCCGGUCAACAGAAGGAGGACCCAUUCAUUUCACUCAAUGGGACGCCACUUCUAGUCCAAGACCCAAAGAAGCUUGCAAUUCUUGGAGUUUGGGCUGAAGUUGAGGCCCACAGAUUCGAUGCGGCGGGCCAAAAGCUCAACUAUGAAAUCCGGGUCAAGCCCUUUAAGGGCCUCACCACUGACGAGGCCCUGGUUGAGCAGUUGGAGGCCCAAUUAACCACAGUUCUUGACGUGUACGAAGAACGCCUGGCAAAAUCUAAGUACUUAGCUGGAGAUGAUUUUACAUUAGCUGAGCUUCAUCAUGUGCCCAUAAUCAACUCUCUAAUGAAGACAAAGGUCAAGGCUUUGUUCGAAGGGCGCCCGAAUGUGAACACUUGGUGCUCCGAACUCUUGGCUCGGCCUGCUUCGCAGAAGGUUCUAUCUGAAUUCACGUUCUGA